AACAACAAACAAAUAACAAAAUUUAACAACAAAUUACCAGUUGGCAUGUGAAAUUAACAACUUGUAAAAACAAAUCAAACAAAAAAAAAUUACUACCAACUACACAAGAAUUCGCAACAAAGAUUUUUCACUUAUUUACUAAAUACAUACAACAACAAAAACACAUAAUUAAUUAAAAAAAUUUAACAACAAAAUGUUUAUUAGAAAUCUUCAUGUCUUCGGCAUGAAUUGAAAUUUUUAAACGAAACACUCUACCAAAAGUUACAUAAAUAAUAAAAAGUGUAUAAAGUAAAAAUAAAAAAAAAACGUUAUAAAAGUAAUUAAUUUUUUAAGAAUGGUUACAUGCAAAUCGGAUAAUCAAGUCGUUGCUAUACCAAAAAUGAAUUCAGUUCGUACACGUAAAACCAAUGGUAGUAAUUCAUCUGGCACCCGUCUAUUGGAGAGUGAUCAUCAGGAAUCUUCAUCCAGUGUUAGCCGCAAUUCGGUCUAUAAAUUAAAAAUCGAUUUGAUGUUUGACGAUACCAGUCGUUCCACCCGCAGCAAUCGCCUAGAUGACCCGCAUGGCUCUCAUCGUACCCGCUCCAUUAUUAUGUAUGGACGCAGCGAAUUGGCCAGUACAGCUGGGGAGAGUUCGCGUUCGAUUACAAGUUACCUGCACGAAACCAAUGAAACAGCGAAAAUUCUAGCCGACAAUGCGAAAAAAGAUGUUCAACGUAUUAGCAAUAGUGUACAGGCACAAAUCGAACAAUUAUUCACAGAUGUCGCUAAAGAUGCAACAAGCAGUUUUCCCGUCACCUGUUUGGGUUCGUUGCCGCUGAAAGACAAAGUAACCAGUUUACAGGGUUUGCAGGAACCGUUAAGAGAACUUUAUUUAAGAGAAAUUAACGAUGAAAAACAAAAUUUGGGUACUUUGGAUAUAUGUGCAACAGGUCUGAGAGUGAAGACGAACAAUCUCCACAAUAAUAAUUUAAAUAAUGACAGCAGUAUAACACCGUUUCACAAUAUUGCUGUUUGGUCCGCUGUAAAAUUCACCGUAUCAAAGGAAGAUGGAGGUGCAGCAUUUUUACCGCUCAUUACAUCACCUGAGAAUAUUGACAAGUCCACACUAUUUCAACCUUUAAGUGCCUUGGAGCAGAAACGUUUGGCCAACAACCAACACGCACCAAUUUUUGCGGUCGUCAUGCGUUCACCUGGCAUGCCGAAAGUGCUCGAAUGUCACGGUUUCAUUUGUAAAAGCACUGAAGAUGCCAUCGUUAUUGCGGCCACUCUCUAUCAGAGUUUAAUGGCACAUGUCAGCUCCAAUUCACAUCGAAGCACAAAACGUCGUACUCCGCGCAAUCAAAAUGGUGUCAGUUGCAUAAGUAUAGCCAGUAGUUCGGCUGUAACAGGUUCAAAUUACCACUCAAGGUCACAACUGAUAUCCGGUGGUCGUAAGAGUUCAUUUCGCAGUGCAACGGGUAGUACUAUUGGUGCGUCCGUAGCCUCACGUUCCAGUCGCAAGAAACGUGUUUCAAAUAGUUCACUUAGUUCGAGUAGCAAUGUAAUCAACGAAGCUGUGGAAACUUCAACGGAGGAAAGAAAGCGCAAAUCGCACAAGACCAAAAGAGCUCCGCCAAUACCAACCACCAUACCGGGAGAAGCUUCCAGGAAAUUACACUCAUCUGUACGCAAUAAUUCAAGUUCUAGAGAUAAUUGUAAUUCUCCUUCGCUGUCGUAUCUGGAGAAAUCGGAAAAUAAUCUUCGAAGUUCACAUCGUUCUCAUUUGAGCCAUUCGAAAAAGACAUCGGGUGAUAGUGUUUACAAGGCAUCUCAACUAAUUGGUAAUGGAAUACCACCAGCUGUGGUGGCAGCAGCAAUAGCUUCAUCUAAUACUGGAUUACGGAGUGGUGAGAGUGGAGAUAUCUUUACGCGUGUUGCAAUUCCUAGAUCCGGUAGCUUCCUGAACACAGGAGGCCUUACACGGUACAAAUCCAGAGCUGCACGUCGCAAUUCCGGAAAAAUUGGUGGUUCAAAUGGCGGUGGUGGUGGUUCACCACUUGGUUUCAGCGAACUCUUCAAUGAAUUUCGUUUGCACGAGAAUUUGCAUUCACUGGAUGAUAUUCUUUCUGCGAUUAUUGAUGCCGACGGCAUGUCGUUUAAUGAUCUAAAGCCGAUCUACAAGGAAUUUCUCCUUAAACUAGCAGUCACCCUAACGAAGGAUGAGUUAUUUCAAAGAUCAAAGAACAUAAUGCGUCGACAAAAGAAGAAGAAACUUAAACGCAAAUUAUAUUCCAGUGGUUCCCAAAAAAAACCGAAAACCCCAAUUUUUGGCACAAAAAGUUUGAAGAAGGUUUUUCAGUUAGGUCAGUUUCGCUCGUGUCGUGGAAAACCGCCAAAACCACCCCGCAAUAAAGACUUGGAAAAUCAUCGAAAUUCCGAACCUCCGCUUGUCAUUGGACAACCCACAACAAUAUCAUCGCGUCAAAAUCACCGCCAGCUACACGGACAUCACCAUCAGCACCAACACCACCAUAAUCACCAUCAAAAUCAUCGUAAUCGUGUGGCUACCAGCGGUUCAGAUGUGUCCGUGAUACGUCAUGAGAAUGCAUUUCAAGGACUAAAUCGGAACAGUAGCAGCGGGUAUGUACUGAACAGAUAUGUCUCCUGUUCGGAAUGCAGUUACGAUUCGGAAUCAUGUACUUGCACUUCGGCUGAUCGUUGCUAUUGCAGCCUUCGUACAGAUCAGCUUGACAGCCAUGAAUUGCGGCACAAAAAUGAACGUCGGAAUCCAAGGCCUGUCCAUAACUCCAACAAUAUAAAUCGUCAUUCGUUAAUAUCUUGCCAAUCGGACGACAAGUGCUAUUGUUCAAUGGUAGAAGAAGAAGUGCCCAAUACAGCUGACGAAGAAACGGCCAACGCUCAUUCUGAUACGACCUGGUGUGAUACCGACAGCUGUAUAAGUACCAGUAAGUGCUAUUGCAAACGAAUUGAAACUCGUUCCAAUUCCAGACAUAUCGACUGCAAUAGCAAAACUAAAUCACCAAAACGAAGAUCACGCUCCAUAACACGUAAGACGUCCGACAAACUCGCCGUCGAUUAUGAACUGUUCAAUAUCAAUGGUAACAACAAACCCAUACAGCCCCACGAAGCGUUGAGUGUUAAGAAAAGCGUUGAGGCAGCUGCCAUUUUUGCCGAUGUUAAAUUAAGCCAGACAACAGAUAUCAAAAGUUUGUGUUCUGGUGGUUCUACAAAGCUUAAAAAUGUCGACAGCUGUCGUUCAUACUCGGUUGCUGCACGAAAACAAACACAGUCGUAUCGUAAACGGGAAUCGUUUAGUAUUGGCCGCCGGAAUGAGCGAAAUCAAAUGCCAGUGCACAAUCUCUCGUCUAAUACUCUAUCAUCGCAAAAGUCCUGCAGUGCCGAUGAUCUUCUUAAACAAUUGUCGUACAUCGAGAAGAAUAUCGCUCGUGCUGCAUCGGUACACAGUGGUAAGAGUAAAACACGCGACAUCAUCUUGAGAGAGAAUUUUCAAAAUAACUACCAAUCAAUGCGUGCUGUAAGUGCCUCUCUCGAGGAUACUUUAGGAUAUUUGCCAUAAACUCACAUUAAUUUAACACUUCUCUCAAAAUACUGUAAAUUUACUUCAGUAAUGAAGACGAGCAUUUAAUUUUAAAUUUUGUUGCAAUUAACAAUUUAAUUUUCAUUUAUUUAGGUUUAAGUAACAUAUUUAUUUAUUUUAAGUGCAAUAAAUUAAAUUAGAAUAGAAGCUGCUUAUGUUUCUCAAGGGAAUUAUAAUUCCUGAGUGACUCAUUUAAUUCCUUUGCGAAACGUAAUCACACAAUCACGUAAUAAAUUCAUUAACAUAAAAAAUACAUACAUGCAUAUUUAGAAAUUAAAUUCAUUUUAUUUUAAAUCCAGUAUUUUAUUUAAAUAAUUAUCUAGUUUCACUUUAAAUAAUGUGCAAUAUCCAUACCAAUAUUAAAAUUGAUCCUUUUUAUAAUCACCACUAAGAAUUGUUUUAAAUCAAAUCUUUAA